CCUCGACUAUUCAGAUAUUUGCGCUCAGUGCAGAAAUGUCCGGAGUCGCGAACGACCAAAAACCCGCGCGGCCCUCCCAGAGUGCUUCCCGGAGGAAAAGCGCUCGGGAGAGGAAAUUGCGCGCUUGCACCGGGCCGACACUCGACCCCAGUGAAAAUCGAUGCUGCGAUCUAUCUGUGACACGGACAAAUUAAAACCAUCGACGUCGAACUCAUUAGACGGUGCAAUCCGCGCAAUCGACACACACGCGAACUUAUGCAACUUUUUCAACAUCAGCCGCCUGCUUACAGAGUGAUGUUCAGUAAUCAUUUUACAGUGCGUGAAAGUGACCGGUGUGUUGUGUCUUGUUCAGUGAGUUAACUCCUAACCACGUUACGUUAUUUAUUUCUGUUCGGAAAACAAAAUUGACAUUGGUGCUAUUUUGAAGUGAAUGCCAGAUUGUUUUGGUUGGCAUGGCGCCAGAAUGUAUAAGAACAGCUGACUGUAAACAAACAUUUGCGUCUUGUGGACAAUAGUUUGCAUAAUAUUUUAAAUACUUCCUGAUACCACAUUGUAUUCUUAUGAGAUAAAGUGUUAAAAUGGCGGGCAAAGACGAAUCCAGUGAUAGUGAUGGACCUAUAAUAGACGAUAACAUUAUUCGUAUACAAUUAAGAAGACCAAAUCAAAGAAAAUGGGAAUUGCGAACUCGAAAUCUUUCCCCUGGGAUGAGAUUUCCAACCGUACAACUUUUUGAUUGCGACGGAAAUCUUCUCGUUGAAACAAACGAUGAGAAUGUUUCUAUUAAAAGCUCUGAUUUUGAUGAUCCUUUGUUGAGAACAUCUCAAUCAUUGAAAGAAAAAGAUUUCCGUCACAUAAUAGCCAGGAAACCUGUCAAAAAGCACAAUACAAUUUCGGGAGACAAAGUAUACACUCGAGUUUAUCGUACACCUCUAAACAUUAAUGAAGACACAAAAAAUAAUAAUGAACGCUACAUAAUACGGAGCAGUAACAGUGUGUCAAACAUUCCAAGUAAACUCACAUUAAACAACUUUACUAAUUUAGAAACAAAUAGCCUUCAGACCAGCCCCUUUCACUCGGAGGGACUGAGUGAAAUAAGCAGUUACAAAAGUUCUGACAACGAAACUUGUAACGGAAUAAAUCAAUCGCCCGAGACACAUAAAGAAAAUCUGGAAAACCAUUCGGAGAAUUUAAUUGAAACUCCGAACAGUCCCUUUUCGUCACUUUCUUCAUUAAGUGACAUUAAUCAGGUAAUCGAUGACAUUUCAUCUAAUAAGGAAAACGAACCUGAUCCCGUACUUCAUAAAUCUCGAUCUUUCAAUGACGCUACCCUGAGCGGGUGCGCGAAAGGAUACGAAAACGAUAAUUUGCCGCGUUCUAAAUCCGGCGUUGUGUACAAUCCUCCACACAAUAAAAUAUCUUUCCUGAACACUUACUUAAAAAGCUUACGAGCUCGAGUGAGCUCUAAUCCGGAUUGGUUCGCUCUACAUCGCCGCCGAACAAUCGAAUAUGCUCCAAAUUCACGCGCGGCGCCUAAGCGCCAGGAAUUUUCGAAAAUUACGUUUGAAAAGCGUCCUACCUGCAAAAUAGGAGAUAUGACGUCAGACAACGAAUUAAUUAGUAUCGGGCCGGACGAUGCGGUACAUUCUGAAAUGAGGAAACGUUUGAAAAUGUAUAGACGUGGUAUAUCAGAGAUCGGGCCUAAGCAUAGGAACACGGGUGUAUUUACGAAAACGAGAAGACAUUCAGUGAGUGGCACGUUUCAAGUCGUUCAUACUUCCUCCUCGGAGAGUGUGGAUGAAGCUGACGUAGUACUUAACCGCUUGAAGAGGAGGAUACUCAGGAAUAAGUUGAGAGAGAAAAGACGGAGCCUCGGCGCGAAGUUUCAAUUCAGUGAGAACAACUGCAGAAAGAAUAGCGUUGAGAAGGAAGAUUGGCGAGAUGCGGGCGGCGGGGCCCCCGUGAGGUCCCGCCACGCUAUGGGCUCGAACAUCAGCCAGCACUCCGCCAAAGGUCUGAAAGGGCGGCGAGCUCGCUCCAGCGGCGACCUCUGCAAUGGCGACACUAAGUCUCAAACAGAAUCGUCAGUGUGCGGCUCUGUGGUGGGCGAUGUUAUGGGCUGGAAUCGGUCCCUGCCAAACCACCUAGACGGCAACCGGCAUUUGGCGGACUACAGCAGGGUGAACAACAAUUACGGGGAGUUCGGGACCUAUAACCGCUGCCAUCCGAAGGGCGGACGCGGUCUGCGGUACAGAGUUAGCAAGUCCGGUUCUGACGCUGAACCAGUUUGGAAGCUCCAAGACCCUGGCUUCGACCAGGGUUACGGUUCGGAACGUUCUCCAGAAGAUGAUUACGUUCCUCCGAUAGCACCAGCGAUAUCUCUGGAGGCUUACGAAGCGGAGCUGCGGUCUAUCUACCCAUUCAUCAAUGAUGAAAACUCCUUCACAGUAGUAGUAGAAAAAGAUGGCCGCGGUCUGGGAAUGUCAGUAUGCGGCGGUGGAGGCCUAGUGAGGAUACGAAGACUGUACCCCCCUCAACCAGCGUGGAGGACUGGCAGACUUGCCCCCAAAGACCUACUCCUAUCCGCCAACGGAGUUCCCCUUGCCGGACUUAGCACCUACGAAGCCCUCGAGGUGCUCCGCACGGCGUCGCCGCGGGUGGAGCUGCGCGUGUGUCGGCCGCCAGAAGACGUGCUCGACAGCGUCACGCCGCCGGAGCCGCCGACGCCGCCGGCCCGCACCCCACACCCGCCCCACCUCCCGCCGCUAGACCCCCUCAACUGUCACCCUAUGCAUGCCAGACUGUCUCAGACGACGAGCAGCGCGACCACGUCGUCGUCGGAGGGGCGCGGGCGACGCGAGGCGAGCCCGGAGCCCGACCGACGCGAUCUGCGCCUGCCGGACCUCGACCGACCGCUGCCAGUUUACGACGUGCAAUACGGGGAUGACGGAUCAGUGGAGUUCGAUAUAGUAAUGACCAAAGUGAACGGUUCUUUGGGCUUUACGCUCCGGAAGGAAGACCACAGCGCCUUGGGGCAUUACGUCAGAGCUCUGGUGAGGGAACCAGCCCUCAGUGAUGGGAGGAUACAACCUGGCGAUAGGAUUGUUGCUGUGAACGACACAGCGAUGUCUAACAUGUCGCAUGCGGAGGCGGUAGCGUUCCUUCGAGCAUGCGGCUCCGAGGUGCGCCUGCGUCUGUACCGCGAUCAUGCAGCCACGCCGCUGUCGCCAAUGUCACCGAGAGAGGAGCCUACGGAUUCAGACGCGCCUAUGAAUAGGCCUAAACCCCCGCUGAGGCCUGAAGCAGUAUCAAUGUUGUGCGACCUGGCGGCUCGGCGCCUCACCCCUGACGCGGCAGACGGGUCCCGAUCACCCUGCCUCUCACCCCGCAAGUACCGCAAGCUGACCAAGGAGAACAACCACUACGAACAGCCCAAUGAUGUUCCAAGUUCCAACAAAGUAGAACACGGUUCGGAACAUAGAGAAGUGGUUCAGGACUCGCGGCGGCCGGUGCGGACUGUGUCCCUCGCCAGCCCCACGGCACCACCCACUUGUAGAAAACAAAAGUUGAGCCUGACAGUGCCUCCCCAUGGAUACGAGUUAAACAAUUUGGACAACGAUACUCUGGAUGCUCCGAACGUAUACCAGGAAGACAUGUCACGCCAGAGGUACCCGGAGCCAGUGUUCCCUGUGGACUCUGAUGAGCCAGUGUCGAUGCCAGUGGAGCUGCUGAGCGACGAGGCGCGGUUCAAACAUGCGAACCCUGCGUAUCAAAGCGCUGUGCUCCAUACAACCAGCAGCGAUGGACAUACAACCAGUUCAGAGAGUCACAAAGAUGAUGGUAACGGUUUGAAGAAAUGGAAAGGUGUGGCGUUGUCUCCAGACAACGAGCGUAAGGUGAAGACGGAUCCUCCCCCCCAACCCAAACCCAAGGAAACCGAUCCCGUCCAAAAAGAAAACGUCAAACCUGAACCGCCUAAAGAUGAACCGUGUAAUGAACCUACGAUAGUAACAGUAGAACUGAAUCGUGGCUGGAACAGUCGGCUGGGUUUUAGUGUCCAGAGUCAUCCGGAGUCAGGACAGAGCUACAUCUCAGCCGUAUACAAUGACAGUGUGGCCGCUCGAGAUGGCCGACUCAGGCGUGGGGAUGUGAUACUGCAGGUAAACGAUGAGAACGUGACAUCAAUGAAGACACCAGAAGUGAUCGACCUGCUGCGAAUAUUAAGAGGCUCUAUUUGCAUCACUGUACUACGGCCACCCAACCCGCAGUGAACAAAUACUAUAUACUAUAGGGAUGAAGCGCACCCCUAGACCUCAGGAACAGGUCUAGUUGGAGAAAUGCAAGUCGCCCCGUCGGCGAUGCCGGGCCACGGGCGAAAUACUUAGAAAAAGUAAAACAAGAAUGAAUCUCUAUCCAACAUUAUUCGUCGAUGUACCUUCAUGACAUUUAACAUUCUAUCAAAAUAAAUAAAUUAAACAAGUUAUUUAUAAUACACAACACAUACGACAUUCGAGAGAAUCUUCACAAUAUUCAUUGAUUUCUUCUUUCAUUUGCAAAGUCGAAUAUUUAAUAUAUUGUGUAUAUCUAAACUAUUUAAUAUAGAUAGAAGAUUCCGUUAUCAUAUAAUAUUAUCGUGUAUUUUUUAUAAAAUAUUCUGGAGAUUUUGAAUCAUAGCUUCGUUAUUCAAUCUUCCAUGUAUAAUGUAUAUAAGCCAUACAAUCGAAUACAUGCUGUUUUGUUAAAGUUCCUACUAGUGGAUCGUGCUAAACUUCUGCCGUCGUAAAUUAUAAAUUUCAUAUACUUGAUAAGUUACCUAAUAAAAUAAUUUAUUUUCGGAAAGAUCUCUGUAGCUAUUUCAUAGAAAAUUGAUUAGGAAUAUAUGAACUAUUGAAAUCAUUAUAUUUAUUUAUCUAUCUUACCCGACCAAUAUAGAUACUCAAAGUUAGUCUAAUAAAAAGAUAUUGUAUUUUAUUUGAACACAUUGAAAAGGCAAUAAACAGCGUUUAUUUAGACUAAUAUACUUAAUAUAUGAAUAUUAAAAAUAUGGAACUUUAAAAUUAUUAUAUUCUUAUUAGAAAUUGACUUACAAAGUAGAGUUUUAAAUGUAAGAAACAAUUAAGGCGUCUGGCGGCCUACAAACGUGCAAAGUCCCUUGCCUAAUAAAAAGUAGACUAUGUUAUAGUAGAAAAUAUUAAAAUGUCAUGAAGUAUAGCAUUCCAAGAGGUUAGCCUUUGUAAAUAAUGUAAAGUUAAAAGACAGUUUUCGUAGUCGUUGUGAUGUUGCGUUGCGCACAAUUGUCAAAUGUAAUGAAUUGCAAAAUAUCGCAUAAGUAUUUUUAGUAUUUUUAUGGUUCGAUAAUAUUUUGCUCAAAUAUUAUAUUAACUGUAGUCAGAGCAUGGUGGGAAGUUUGACAAUUGUGUGUAGCGUAUUGUAACCACGUUUUUAUUAACAUAUUCGUAGCGUCACGAGAUAUUAUCGCGUAGGUUCCACGGACGCGCAGGUGACGCGGUCCGUGCGAUCUAUCAGAUCUCUGGGCAAUAAUAAUAAAAGUACACAAGUUUGUCAACAUACGCUAGAACGACAAACGUUACUAAAACAAUUGAGUUAGAUUGCUAAUAAAAUUUAAAAUUAUUGCAUUAUACGCUAUACUUCCUAUAGGCACUGAUUAUAAAUUCUAGUCAAAUCUAAAUUUUAAUUGAAAUUAUUACACAGUUAGCCUUUGAGAAAUAUUAUAUUGAAGUAAAAACAGUAGUUAAAUUAUAUUCUUACAUAAAUAAAUAAAUAAAAUAUUAUACAAUAUUCACACUUUUGAUUUGUCAGAAGGUGUCUAUUUGUUAUGAACUUGAAAGAUUUUAUCAACAAAUCUAUUUUAAUAUUAACGAUGCUAGCCUUAAGUAGAUAGAAUAAUUGUUUAGAGAAGUACCUAUAAAGAGGAUCAUUACCCAUAAUACAAGCUGAACGAAACAAUCAACUGAUAUUCUAAAGUAAUUGUGAUGGAAUUGUGUUAGUUUAACCGUGUAUCGUACGUACUAGACUAAAUAUGUGAACUACUGUAGGUGCAGAUUGGCCCAGCGAACCAACGUCAUAUAGUGCAUAUUAAUGUAAUCACUCAGCAAUAAAACCUAGGAUAUAAUGCCAAUAUUUAAAAUGUUUAAACAUUGACGCACCAGAGUUUUCUCAUCAGUACUAUUUUAUGGUAAACAGUAACUUUGUACAAAUUACAAGCGCUAAAAGCGAUUUUACUAUAAGAAAGAAUUGUAAGCACUGGAUACAUUUUUAACCGACUUCCCAAAAAGGAGGAGGCACCGACUUCUUAACUUUCAGUGGGACACCCACUUUGUUUUAUUAUCAUAAAACAUAUUAGAUAUCGCAAAUAAUGGUGUCAUUAAAUAAAUGCGUAAAUAGUUCGAGGACUAUCAGAAACCAAUGGAAACAAAGGAGUGUGUCACCACGAUGUCAACAAUCGUGCACACCAGCUAAAUGUACCAGUGUCACGAACUUCGUGACACUAUUGUCUUGUCACCCUGAACGUGGCAGGACUUGUGAUUAAAACAAAAUAUACAUGCAGGGUUGUUUCCUAAGUGACUGUCGACAUCCAGUGGUCUGGACAACCUAACCAGGGUUACUUGGACCCUGGUUCGAAUCAGGAGUAGGAAUGGGUUGUUUUUAGUCAGUAAGAGUCUGACACUCUCUCUCGUAUCACCCAGGGUGGAAGAAGUCAUCAAAUGUUUAAAAACAAAGUGACUGACGAGAGUCAAAAUGUCAUAAAACGUCGAUUUUAGUCUUCAGUCAUUAAACUUUUCAGAAAUUGAUAACAUUUUUUGACUUUGAUGAUAUCUGUUCAUUAUUUUUUGAUUUUCCGACAAAACCAAUUUUAGUGGUUAUUCUGAUAGUCCCUAUAUACUUAUUUCAUUAUGAAUUCUGUUUUAAAAUUCCCAUACAGGUAACUGGUGCUUCAAUCACGAUUGCACAUUGCUUGCUAGUCUCAUGCCUUAACAAAGUCUGGGCCGUAGUUAUGAUGACGAUAAAUAAAGAAAUACAUUCACAAAGUGUCGUGUCAGUCAUAGAAAUGUUAAUGGAAUGUACGAUAAACUUAAUUACCUUACUAUGAUACAAAUAAAAAUAUGAAUUAAAGUUA